CCCAUUUUUGGUGGUUUCCAGGCCGAGGCCAUGCUGUGCACAGCUCUGGUCAUGGCUGGCAGCCUGGCUCUCACCACGGCCGUGGUUGCCCACGCCUAUUACCUGAAGCACCAGUUCUACCCCACCGUGGUGUACCUCACCAAAUCCAGCCCCAGCAUGGCCGUGCUGUACAUCCAGGCCUUUGUGCUGGUCUUCCUGCUGGGCAAGUUCAUGGGCAAGGUGUUCUUCGGGCAGCUGCGGGCAGCUGAGAUGGAGCACCUCCUGGAGCGCUCGUGGUACGCGGUGACCGAGACCUGCCUGGCCUUCACCGUCUUCAGGGACGACUUCAGCCCGCGCUUCGUCGCCCUCUUCACCCUCCUCCUCUUCCUCAAGUGCUUCCACUGGCUGGCCGAGGACAGGGUGGAUUUUAUGGAGAGGAGCCCAAACAUCUCGUGGCUCUUCCACUUCCGCAUCGUCUGUGAGUGCCCCUCGUUCGUUUGCUCCUCAUUUGCAUAAUUUUGGGGCAGAGCUGG